AUGCCUAUCUCCGUCUCAAAGAGACGACCAAGGUCAUCCAAAAAGACCGAAACCGAAAAACCCGAGAAAUCACUUAAAGAUCCUCGUAUUUGGUGUGGUAACAUUUGCUCUAGAUCAAUUCUCUAUCGUGUUCCUCUCACGAUUCUCUUUCUCUUCUUGAUCUAUCUUUGGUCAACUUCCACGACCGUUAUCUCCGGUAACGUCCUUCAUAUUUGCAUCUCUUCGCGCAAGCUCAACGAUCUUUACUGUCUCACAGCCGGUUCUCAGCCCGGUUCACGUGUAGCGCUUAGCAAUUUCACUAAACCGGUUAGUGAAAAUGUGAUAAGAAGUGAAGAGGAGAAGAGUGUUGUUGUUCUUGGUAAAGAUGGAGACAAGGGUUUCGCAAAGAAUGAAACUUUCACCGGAAAAAGAGAUUCUGAAGAAGAAUCUGAUCGGUACAUCAAUUCAAAGGAUGAAGAUGAAGAGACCGCUCUGAAGGCCGUGGACAAGUAUCUUCAAAUACAAAGAUCUUGGUUAUCGAUGGGAAAGAACCACGAAAAAACUGUAUCUUGCGAAGGAAAAGGGGUUUAUGUUUACGAUUUACCAUCUAAAUUCAACAAAGAUUUGCUGGGAGAAUGCUCGGAUAUGGUUCCAUGGGCCAAUUUUUGCAGCUUCUUCAAGAAUGAUGCGUUUGGUGAAUCGAUUGAGAAUCUUGGUAAAGGCUGGUUUAAAACAAAUCAGUAUUCUCUUGAGCCGAUCUUUCACUCUAGGGUUUUGAAGCAUCCAUGUAGGGUUUAUGACGAGAACCAAGCGAAGCUCUUCUACGUGCCUUUUUAUGGCGGUAUCGAUGUUUUGAGAUGGCAUUUCAAGAACGUUUCUGAGGAUGUGAAGGAUGUUUUGGCGAUCGAGGUUGUUAAAUGGCUCGGAUCAAAAAAGUCAUGGAGGAGAAACUCCGGGAAAGAUCAUGUUUUCGUUCUUGGCAAGAUCUCUUGGGAUUUUAGGAGGAACAACAAGUUUUCUUGGGGCUCAAGUUUACUUGAGAUGCAAGAAAUGAAAAACCCUACAAAACUUCUUAUCGAACGUAAUCCAUGGGAAGUCAACGACGUCGCGAUACCUCACCCAACGUUCUUCCACCCAAAAACUGAUGAUGAGAUCUCAAGCUGGCAAAACAAGAUCAUCGUAAAACCUCGCCGGAGCCUAAUUAGCUUCGCCGGUGGAGCAAGACCCGGUAAUCCUGAUAGCAUCCGGUCAACAUUGAUUGACCAAUGCACAUCAUUUCCAAACCAAUGCCGGUUCUUGAACUGUACCGAUGGAGGCUGCGAUAAACCGGAAUCGAUUAUUGAGCUUUUCCAAGAUUCAGAGUUCUGUCUUCAGCCACCUGGAGACAGUCCAACGAGGAAGUCGGUUUUUGAUUCACUCGUAUCGGGUUGUAUUCCCUAGCCGCCGUUCGAUCACCGGACGCCACGGCACCAGGCUGAAACCCGCCGUCAUCGAUACUCGGUGUAUAUAAACAAAGAGGAUUUGAAGGCAAAGAAGGUGAAUGUGAUUGAGAAGUUGAUGUCAAAGACUCUAAGGGAAAGAGAGGAUAUGAGGAGUUACAUCGUUCAUGAGCUUUUGCCUGGUUUGGUUUAUGGAGAUUCUAAUGCUAAGUUUGAGAGGUUUCGAGAUGCUUUUGAUAUUACUAUGGAUAGUUUACUUCAUAAGAUUUCGAAAAAUUUGUAA